AUGCGGGGGAGUGAUGGCCGUUUCAUCAGAGCUUUCACUGCGAACCUUGGGGGGGGGGGGGGGGGGGGUUCUAUUACUCGUGCGGAGCUGGCUGGUAUUGUGUAUGGGUUGGAUCUUGCUUGGGAACAAGGAGCCAGGAAAGUUCUUCUACAAACAGACUCAGUGACUGCCAAGACCCUGAUCGAGAAUGCGACCGAGAGACAUAUGCACUUCUCUCUGAUCAGUGAAAUUAGGAGGAGACUGCAACGAGACUGGACGGUUCGAAUCGACCACAUCUUCCGCGAGGCGAAUUUUGCAGCGGAUCACCUAGCGUCUAUAGGACAUUCGGAGACGAUUGGAGUUCAUGUAAUGGCUAGACCAUGUACUUCUCUGCUGUACUGGCUGUUUUUUGACCGGGUGGGAUUGAAACCCCCCGGCUAG